UGUUGGGUAGAGGCGCAGGAGUAUGUGGCGAGGGGUUAUGUGGCGCGUGACGGAGCCGACGUCGUGACUCUGGCAAGGAUUGGGACGCGAGGUGGACUUGUGUGGGAGCAGCGGUGCCACUCGGAGACCUUCUCCCCAGCCAGCAGCAACGAGGCACUUCAGGAGGCAACUGGUCGCGUGUCCCCGCCUGUAGCUUGUGUCCUGGCCUGUAGCCUGUGUCCUCGCGUGUAGCCUGUGUCCUCACGUGUAGCCUGUGUCCUCAUCUGCAGGGUGUGUCCUCACAGCUCACUCCACACCUGUCUCAAGGUGUAGUGGUGUAGCCCCCUAGCCUACCAACCGAAGCAACGGGUCAACCAAUCUCAACCACAAACAUCCACUCACCCACAACCACCACCACCAUAACAACAUCUGCUUCUCUGCUCAAGCUGUUGACCACAGAACAGGUCUGCUGAGCCAACAGGGACACCAGGGGGUCCCUGUGGUGUUGUCUGAGGUCGCUGUCUACCUGUCCCGCUGAAGGACCAGGCCCCUCCCCCCGCCAACAUACUCGGAGCCAUCUGUGAGUGCACUCCACCAGAAACCGCCAAAAUUUCCUUCUCAAGCUUUAAAGCCUCGUUCUCCAGCAAUGUUAAUUACCUCAAGAGAAGCGUGCAGACCUCGUCCACCUCCGCGAUGGAGGUCCUUGCUGGCAGCCCCUUGACGGAGCCUCGCUUCAGAAGGAACAGGUUUUCCUCUGGGGACCUCUCUGCCGAGUGUGACGACGAAGAGACGGGUCUCCGUAAACAAGAAGUUAUUACCCAACAGGCUGAGAGGCAGCAAGCGUCGCCCGGGACGCCACAGUCCCGAAGACAGUCUCAGAGUCAAUCACAAGACCAACCUCAGGCCUUGGUACAGACCCAACCUCAGGGCCAACCUCAGGGCCAACCUCAGGGCCAACCUCAGGGCCAACCUCAGGGCCCACCUCAGGGCCCACCUCAGGGCCCACCUCAGGGGCCAGUUAAAGCCCAGCCCAGAGUUCAACCUCAGCAGGUAAGCAGUAACAGCAGCAGUGUGGUGGGCGGCGGCGGCGGCGGAGGCGGGGGCGGCACCACCACGUACGCCAGCACGGACACCACCACCGCCGCCCCCGCGCCCCCCACCAGCGGGUCGACGGGGGGCGGCGGGGGCGGCGGGGGUGGCGGGGGUGGCGGCGGCUCCGGAGGCUUCAGCCUUAACUUCUCCAGACCCGGGUCCAGGACCACCUCCGCUCCCUCCUCUCCCUCCAAGACUAGGGAGAGCUUCCUCCAGCGCGUGUCGUCGCUGACGGGCGCAGUGCGCAGCGAGGUGACGGCGCAGGUCCGCCCAGCCUACAACAAGGACCGCUGCUUCACUCUCCUGGUUAUUGACGACCAGAACACCGACUGGUCUAAGUACUUCCGGGGCAAGCGUAUCCACGGAGACUGGGACAUCCGGGUGGAGCAGGCGGAGUUCCGGGAGAUAAGCGUCACAGCCUCCUCCGAGGGCGGCGUCAAUGUCUCCAUGGUCGUCUUCAGGAACGGGGCCAAGGUCGUCAGAUCCUUCAAGCCGGACUUCGUCUUGAUACGACAGAACUUACGGGACGCCGGCGAGGACCACAAGAACAUCCUCCUGGCGCUCAAGUUCGGUGGUGUACCUUCCAUUAACAGCAUCAACGCCAUCUACAACUUCCAGGACAAGCCGUGGGUGUUCGCCCACCUGCUGGAGGUCCAGAAGAAGCUGGGCAAGGAACGCUUCCCUCUCAUUGAGCAGAGUUACUUCCCUAACCACAAGGAAAUGAUGUCAGCGCCCCGGUACCCGUGCGUGUUCAAGAUCGGGCACGCCCACGGCGGCCUGGGCAAGAUCCGGGUGGAGAGCAACGCCGACUUCCAGGACAUGGCCAGCGUGGUGGCGGUGGCCAACACCUACUGCACCACUGAGCCCUACAUCGACGCCAAGUUCGAUAUUCACAUUCAGAAGAUCGGCGCCAUGUACAAGUGCUUCCAGAGAAAGUCCAUCUCCGGUAACUGGAAGACGAACACCGGGUCGGCCAUGCUGGAGCAGGCAGCUAUGACGGAGCGGUACAAGGCCUGGGUUGAUGAGGUGUCGUCGCUGUUCGGGGGCUUGGACAUCUGCGCCAUCGAGGCGAUCGUGGACAAGGGCGGCAACGAACACAUCAUCGAAGUCAACGACUCUGCCUUGACGCUCAUGGGAGACUCUCAGGAGGACGACCGUCGCUACAUAGCCGAACUCGUAGCCAUCAAGAUGCAGGAAAGCUGCGGGGUCCAGGGCGUGACGCGGCCGUUGGAGCUGACGCGGGGUUUGUCGAGGCAGUCGCUGACCGGAACCUCCACUGCCUUGUCGUCCCGUGGCGGCUCUCCGACCGAGGAAACUUCCUCCCGGCUGGGCAUGAGCGAGACGCCUCUCCCUGGCGGGUCACCUAGCCAGCAGCGACGGGACUCCCAGGCGUCUCAGUCUAGCAGCAUCAGCGGGUUCAGCAGCGCCAGUGGAACCCGACGACAACCUGACGAGAGCAGCCAGUCGUCGCAGCAGUCGGCGGCGCAGAAGGCACCACUCUUCGGCCGCCAGACCUCAGUCACCACCACCGCCUCCAACGACAGCACAGUCGGAGGAGGAGGAGAUGACACCGAGGACACCAUGAAGAACCUGCGCAAGACCUUCGCUGGUAUCUUCGGGGAUAUGUAACCUGAAGGAGGAGGAGGACGGCAAUAUCAAGAGCUCUCACAAGAAGGGGAAUACUGCCGCACAAGAUUAUCGUGAAGGCGUGCAUCCUCUUCAAAUCUGCAGCAUACACAGGGACUUGUGAAGUGCAGAAGGAUGGCAGUCGAAGUUCACACACGCAAAGAACACCGCAAACCAAAGCAGAAAAUAAUUCAGCCUCAAAAUGAAGGCUGGUGUCCUGUGCAGUCCCUGCUAUAUUGUUAAGUCUACUUAAGGGAGGACAGGAACUCACACACAAGACUACACUCCAACUACAGAGGAAGAAAAGUCGUUAACGACGAAGGUGCUCGUCCUCUGGAGAAGACAUCCACCGCUAACCCUAGUCACUAACAUCAUCGGCUCAAAUUAGACUUAGAUCUUGGGAUAAUCUGCCUUAAACUAUCUCGAAACAAUUACGAAACGCAUGUAGAUAAGCUCUCCUCAUUCACUCACAAUAAGUACGUUUAUUUUUGCCAUCUAAGUUGAGUAUAAACACUUACUCAUGUCAUGCCUCCCUGAAGAAAGGAAUUUUACCUAGGAAAUGCGCACUUCAAGAUGCCUCUCCUCACCUGGACUGUCGAGCCUCGGUCAGGAUGCUUGCUAUAAUGUUUUGUACAUGUGAACGACAGCAGCCUCGCUGAGACGCUCUUAAGUCGCCUUACUGGUGGAUUCUGGGUUUUAAUGUUGUUAUUGUUUUCAUUAUAAACAGUGAAUUAGUCAGAGUUGUAGGGAAAGCUGUCCCAAAUCCUUAAUGUUUAUAAAACGAAAACACUUACGUAUUUCUUGAACGCAAACAUCCAAGCUUAUCCUUGGGAUGCCGGUUUACAGUUAUUCUCCCAAAUCAUCCACCAGUAAUGCCAAAUAAUUGCUUAAAAAGUAUUGUUGAUGUUGCAGAAGUUUCCAGGGCUGUGGUGUGAACAGAGGAGCUGUAGAACGAUACUGUGAACCCCUGUAGUGUUAUUUACAAGACUAGGCUAUGAGCUUUAGAGUUGAAAUAGAUGAGGGAGAAGCCUCUGUUAUAAAGGCUGUAUUAAAUAAUGUAAUACAGAGUAUUGUUUAUCUAAUUUAUUAUUGUUGGGUCUUGAACGAGUCUUUCCAACGAUUUCCUUAAGUCCGCGAGUUCGUAAGUCCACAGCGCGCGUGCCCGUGCUUUCGUACUUCAGGCAACCAGUCGACGCCCGAAAGUUGCUAGAUAGUGUGCAUUCAGGGACUACGUUACUGUUUAUGUAGGUAGCAAUGUCAGUCAGAGCUAGACUGCUCGAACCUGCAGUGCCGCAUCCUGCAACCUUCGACUAAACCAAGUUUAAGACAUUGAAUGUUAUGGUGAGGGGAAAUGAGUGAUGGUUGUGGCCUGCCAGGGAGGUGGAGAGCACGGGUUACCCGCCAGUCUCUGGGGCUUGUGUAUUUGAUGACCUUACCAAUGUUGUUAGCAAUAUCCUGUGUGUUGUUUUAUCCCGUGGGUGGAACACUUCUGGCUGUUUGUGCUGUGUGUGGACCUUGAUGUGUUUGUCUCUUAUUGACUUUUGUGAUUGUCUAUUCUCUAGAAUUUUGAUGCUCUCAAUAGAUACUGUAGCAACGGUGGGAAGACACUGAGCUCUGAACGGUAAGUGCUGUAAAGUCUUUGUUUCCAACAGUUUAGUGCGUAGGAAUAAGCCUUAUGGACCCGUGGCAGAGCUCAGUGUUGCUGCCGGGGUAACGUUAUGACUGUUGUCCAGUAUGGAACAUCGGAUGCCUUGGUAUAAUAUAAUUCGUAAAAUACAUGUUGAGCCUAAAUGUAAUAAUGUUGACAAAUCAGAAGAAAGCAUCUCACGACACUCAAUUUAAUUUUUUCUUUUGUUUUGGCGGAGUGUGCUUGUGUUUGUUCGUGAGCCAGUAAUGGUGGGCGCCUGUCCUAGUUUCUCGCGGGGACAUGUAUCCCUCGGGUGGGUAACUUACCUCAACAUAGGGGCAAGCUUUCAUCCACAAUCACUUUUCUGUUCUGGUUGUAUUGGGUACGGUUGAAGUGAAUCUCUUUCCCAAGCAAGAUUAACUCUCCUGUGUUACAUCGAGGGAGUGCGUCUCAAGUCUUACAUUCGUACUGUCAGUCUUUUAUCAAACCACUUAUUUUUUGUCUCAAAUAUUUACGAACGAUGAAUGCAGCCAAAAUCAACAACCCACAGUUUUUUAAAUGAUAUCACGAGGCGCUCUGGUGGGAAGUUUGACUCGGAAUUUGAACCACGAUCUCUCCGGGCCUUGCCUUGUUCCUCACUUUUAAUCUUGUUGCUCCCAGCCUCUGUUUUAUCUUGAUAAAACAGAGGCUUCACAACUUGCCUUAUUCAAACACCUUCCUCCUAUUCCCCUACCAGACAUCUCUUACAUCUAUCUUGUGGAAUAUUUGAUGCCAAAAAAGCCUCAUUACCUCUCUUGAAACCCUAGAUUGUUAUUAUAUAUUAUGGAUUAGAUACUUCACAGAAUUACUGGUCCGCGCGAUAACUAGGAGGAUGACCCUGUGUCGUGGGUGAACACUGGAUGUGUGAGUGUGUGUGUGUGGAUGUACCGCACCUGUGGGUGUAUACUGGAUGUGUGUGGGUGUACAGCACCUGUCGUGGGUGUACACUGGAUGUGUGAGUGUGUGUGUGGGUGUGCCGCACCUGUCGUGGGUGUACACUGGAUGUGUGAGUGUGUGUGUGGGUGUGCCGCACCUGUCGUGGGUGUACACUGGAUGUGUGUGUGUGGGUGUACUGUACUAAAGCUCUCCCACCAUAUCCAUGUUUAGCCUUGACUUCGUCGCUUGUUAAUUGGUUUUUACAUUGUUGAUAUUGGAGACAGCUGAUUGGCACUGCCAUAGGUAUAUAGGUUAUAUCCAUGUCUGGGACAACGCGUGAGAAGGAUUACAAAAAUAACAUAAAUGAGCUAAAUUAACUAUCGAUGUGUAAAGAUAACAUAGUGUGAAUUUUUAUGCAAUACCCGUAGUUGGUUUGUGGUGGGCGGAGGAGGCAGCCGCGACCACUGGAGCAGCUGGAGCUGAGUGGGGCGGUUACUCACAAUACUGCCAGGUGGUGAAGCUUGACACUCAGCACAGCCAGGUAGUGAAGCUUGACACUCAGCACAGCCAGGUAGUGAAGCUUGACACUCAGCACAGCCAGGUAGUGAAGCUUGAUACUCAGCACAGCCAGGUGGUGAAGCUUGACACUCAGCACAGCCAGGUAGUGAAGCUUGACACUCAGCACAGCCAGGUAGUGAAGCUUGACACUCAGCACAGCCAGGUAGUGAAGCUUGACACUCAGCACAGCCAGGUGGUGAAGCUUGACACUCAGCACAGCCAGGUAGUGAAGCUUGACACUCAGCACAGCCAGGUGGUGAAGCUUGACACUCAGCACAGCCAGGUAGUGAAGCUUGACACUCAGCACAGCCAGGUAGUGAAGCUUGACACUCAGCGCUGCCAGGCGAUAAAGCCAGACACUCAACGCUGCCAGGCGAUAAAGCCAGACACUCAACGCUGCCAGGCCAUAAAGCCAGACACUCAACGCUGCCAGGCGAUAAAGCCAGACACUCAACGCAGCCAGGCGAUAAAGCCAGACACUCAACGCUGCCAGGCCAUAAAGCCAGACACUCAACGCUGCCAGGCGAUAAAGCCAGACACUCAACGCUGCCAGGCGAUAAAGCCAGACACUCAACGCUGCCAGGCGAUAAAGCCAGACACUCAACGCUGCCAGGCCAUAAAGCCAGACACUCAACGCAGCCAGGCCAUAAAGCCAGACAUUCAACGCAGCCAGGCCAUAAAGCCAGACACUCAACGCUGCCAGGCCAUAAAGCCAGACAUUCAACGCUGCCAGGCCAUAAAGCUUGACACUUUGCACUGCCAGACAACAAAAUCACAAUGCAGCAACUCAAAUGAACACCACAAGUUGUGAGCAAGGUUAUGGAAAUAUAGAUAUCAGAGUGUUGACCAAUAGAUUCAAAUUCCUUUCUGCGUCCCCCUACCCCCUUCCUCACUAAACCACAUCAACACACUUUGGAAUACUAAAAUCACUUUGAGAACUCAAAGAACACCCUGCUUUAGCGCCACUGGUCGCUGCCGUCUGCCUCACGUUGCCAACGCUUCACUCAGAUUUGUGUUUCAAUUUUUAAAUAGAGAUUUCGUGAAUGUAUUGUGUAAAUUUAUAUAUACAUAUUUUUUUGGUGUAUCAUAAAGCAGCUUACUUAAUCCAUAAUGAUUUGAGUGCCGGUGGUUCUAAGCCUCAGAUCCUCCUCCGUGGUUCUAGUCUUCAGAUCCUCUACUGGUGGUUCUAGUCCUUGGAUCCUCUACUGGCGGUUCUAAUCCUCUGAUCCUCUACCGGCGGUUCUAGUCCUCGGAUCCUCUACCAGCGGUUCUAGUCCUCUACCGGCGGUUCUAGUCCUCGGAUCCUCUACCGGCGGUUCUAGUCCUUGAAUCCUCUACCAGCGGUUCUAGUCUUCAGAUCCUCUACUGGUGGUUCUAGUCCACGGAUCCUCUACCGGCGGUUCUAGUUCUCUGAUCCUCUACCGGCGGUUCUAGUCCUCUGAUCCUCUACCGGCGGUUCUAGUCCUUGGAUCCUCUACCGGCGGUUCUAGUCCUCUGAUCCUCUACCGGCGGUUCUAGUCCUCGGAUCCACUACCGGCGGUUCUAGUCCUCGGAUACUCUACUGUCGGUUCUAGUCCUUGGAUCCACUACCAGCGGUUCUAGUCCUCGGAUCCUCUACCGGUGGUUCUAGUCCUCGGAUCCUCUUUCGCCGGGGGUUGUAGUACUCAAAUCAUCUAUUGGCAGUUCUAGUCCUCAGAACCUUAAUCAAUGGUUCCAGACCUCAGAACCUCUAUCAGUGGUACUAGACCAAACUCAGAUUCUUUUCGAAGAUGGACUUUGUUACAUUUCAUAUUUAUAAUUCAAUAAUAAUUUAAUUAUGUAAAGGAGGUAAAAUAAUUAAAAAUAGCAUCAAAUUAUACAAUAAAUCGUUCAGUGAGUAUUUAAUAGCUGAGGAUGAAUAAUAUUUUGAGCCAAUUUUGGGCCAAUUAUAUAUAUAUUAUAAAUUUUACUCUAUAUGAAAAUAUCAACAAUUUUCCUUUUCAACAACUAUAUUAUUUCCAAUUGUUAAUUUAUUUUAUUAAUGGUGUCUGUAAAGAUGCUAUUUAUGAGUUGAGGACGGACAAACGGUAAUGCUGUAUGCCUUCUCCCCUGCGCAGGCGCGGAUCUUGGCGCCUAAGUUGGCAGAUGGAGUAAUAAUCACUGUGACGUAAUAAAAACAACUACGUCGGGCACAUAUAAUAGGAACAAUCACAUUAACUCUAAUGAUAUCAUUCAAGCAGUUACGUUGACCUAGUAGUUACUGACGUUGCUAAAGCAGCCAAUCACGACAGAACACCUAUUGACUCAAUGAGUCUAAAACAGUCAUUCACAUUAACAUAUCAGUUAAAGUCGUAAUUAAUAAUAAUGUUAAUAAUGGCAUCACAAGAGAAGGAAAACACAAGCCCAAUACCUAAAUGACAUUAAAUUAAUCUGCCUGUGCAGCAUUUAAAGUUGUCAUUGCAAGGUCCUGUUGCUAGGCAACUGUCUCCACCAUGAGUGUGCAGGCUAUACCUCUAAUUCAAUGGGUUAUAUUACGAUCAGCCCACCAUCCAUUGAUUGGAAAUAACUAUGGCUUCGUCAACCGUUUGUGGCACGCUAAUAUUAUAACACCAUUCCAAAAGUCAAAGCACAUGCUCGCCCUUCGGCUCCAGAGGUCCAAAUCCUGCCUUCAAAUGACCCUCACCCAGGCUCCUGAUACCCCUCGCCCUUCUUCCAAAUAACACCCGCUUCUAUAUAUCCCGCCCCCCAAUCCCAGGCUUCCAUAGGACCCAUCCAAAUUGUCCCAACUCCCAUACAACCCCUUUUGAAGCAUCCAAACGACAGACUCCUUCCGUAAUCCCAUCCCCGGUCUCUCAUAGGCCAAGCAUCGCCACUAAGAAAACCGGUAAGAUAUAAGUAGCACGCAACCUUUCCCUUACACCAAAUAUUUCAUCCAACUAUGUAAUAUGCGUUUCGGUGCAUCCUUCAACAUUUUAGCUUUCGUGAAUUAUAAUUUAUAUUUACAUUUAAUGAUUUGUAGGUGAAACCCAUAAAAAUAAAUACCUUUUUGUACAUAAGUAUCUGUUAAUGUAAAUUUAUGUACAUAUACAUUGCUGUCACGUUCAUUGACUUUUGUUUAGUUGUCCCUCGACGACAGAGUGGCAUUUGUAAACAUAAGAGUGAAUUAUGUGUCGUCCA